UGUUUUAUUUUUCCUCCUCGGUUUGGUUUUUUUUUCUUUCUUUUCUGAGGCCUCCCUCAAAGUCAUCCCUUCCCCCUCCCUCCGCUGCCUCCUUCCCAUGUAAACAAGCACACGGCACACACAGUCUGACACAUCACACACAUGGAAACACGCUGAUGGCCCCGCAGCGGAGAGAGCUGCCUGGCACAGGGAACGCGGCAGAAGGAGGCGGGUGUGCGGGCAGGGGAAAGAUGCUGGCCACUAAAAAGUGCUCCCAGCUGGCCUCGGGCAAGCCUGGAGAAGGGUGAGAGCCCACAGGCUCCAUCCAGCCCCUCGGGCUGGAAUUAGCAAGCCGAUGGAUCCAAUGAGGAGAGUGGCGUGAAGUCUCACUCCGCGUGAGCUGUCUGCCUGACACGGUUGCCAUGAGCCAUCGCUGUGAGGACAUGCAGCCCCAGCCAUCACCUCGGGAAGGUCUCAUAUCCUCUCUUCCACGUCCUGCUCCCGCAGCUGACUUCUGGGGGAGCUGGUGUGCUUGCACCGGUCGCCAGGCUGUGUGGGGAUGGCUCCAGGUGGUGACAGCAGCUCUGUGACCUGAAACCCAGCGUGUGCCAUGCCCAGGACUUGCUGCCUUCACCCACCUCCUGACGAGCCUUUCAAGAGCCAACGGCGAGCUCAACAAGCCAGGGGGGCUCUUCCCCGGGUGGCUGCCCCCGGUGCCCUACGUACCCCCAAUCCCAAGGAGAAAGAUGGAGCUGGAUUGCAUGGAGGGUGACUGCAAGGGCAGAGGUGCAUUGUCCACAUGCGAGGUGUCACCACUACUACUGGGGCCCUGCUCAGCCUGACAGCCAGGUCGGGUUCUGCUCGCUGCCCAUCACACUGCUCAGCCCCCCGGGGCCCCACUUGCCCCUUGAGCAGCUUUGCAAGGUGCUGGUGAGUCCUGUAGCCCGCUGCGGCUCCCAUCCGCCGUCCCACGGGCUGCGGAGGGCACUUCCACCAGGCAUUUCUAAUGGCUCCUUUGAGACAAACCACAAGGCUGGGAAGCCUUGCUGAGCUGUGGAACCGGCUCCCGCUCUGCUGAUCAUGGUCAACAAGACCUUAACUUACUGGGGUCCCAGUUUUGAGGAGGACGUUAUCAACAUCAACGUGGGGGGCCUGAGAAGGCGGCUCAGCUCCAGCGCCCUCUCCAAGUUCCCCAACACCCGCCUGGGCCGGCUGCUCUCCUGCGACUCGGAGGAGUCCAUCCUGCAGCUCUGCGAUGACUACGACGUGAGCGCCAGGGAGUUCUACUUUGAUCGAAACCCUGGCUUCUUCCUCUACGUGCUCCACUUCUACCAGACGGGGAAGCUGCACGUCAUGGAGGAGCUGUGCGUCUUCUCCUUCUGCCAGGAGAUCGAGUACUGGGGCAUCAAUGAGUUCUUCCUGGACUCCUGCUGCAGCUACCGCUACCACGAGCGCAAGCUGGAGAGCCGGCACCACAACUGGGACGAGGAGAGCGAGGUCAGCAGCGUGGACACGUCCCCCGAUGAGAUCUCCGACAUCAACCACGACCUGCUGCGCUACAGCACGCUGCGCUGCGGCAACGUGCGCAAGCGCCUCUGGCUCACCAUGGAGAACCCCGGCUACUCCAUCCCCAGCAAACUCUUCAGCUUCGUGUCCAUCAGCGUGGUGCUGGUUUCCAUCGCCACCAUGUGCAUCCACAGCAUGCCCGAGUACCAGGAGGUGGAUGAGAGCGGCAAUGUGCUCGAUGAACCCAUCCUGCACAAGCUGGAGUAUUUCUGCAUCUCCUGGUUCACCUUCGAAGUGUCUUCCCGCCUCCUGCUCUCCCCCAGCCCCAGGAAGUUCUUCAAGCACCCGCUGAACCUGAUUGACAUUGUCUCGGUGUUGCCCUUCUACUUCACCCUCUUGGUGGACUUGACCGUGGGCAGUGACUCGGAGCUGGGCAACCUGGGCAAGGUUGUGCAGGUCUUUCGGCUCAUGAGGAUAUUCCGGGUGCUGAAGCUGGCUCGGCAUUCCACCGGCCUGAGGUCACUGGGAGCCACCUUGAAGCACAGCUACCGGGAGGUGGGCAUCCUGCUGCUCUACCUGGCCGUGGGGGUCUCUGUCUUCUCUGGUGUGGCCUAUACGGCUGAGAAGGAGGAAGAUGUGGGCUUCGACACCAUCCCAGCGUGCUGGUGGUGGGGCACGGUCAGCAUGACCACCGUGGGCUAUGGCGAUGUGGUGCCCGUCACCGUGGCAGGCAAGCUGGCCGCCUCAGGCUGCAUCCUUGGGGGUAUCCUGGUCGUGGCGCUGCCCAUCACCAUCAUCUUCAACAAGUUUUCCCACUUCUACCGCAAGCAGAAGGCGCUGGAGGCGGCCGUGAGGAACAGUGGGAAGAAGGACCCCAAGGAUGCCGAAAGCAUUUCCAGCCACGACCGAGACUCGGAGGCUCUGAGUGAGAGCUCCGUGGGCAGAGGCAGCCCCGACCGCCGCGGUCUGACCCCUGGCUCCCACCACACACCCUGACCCCACCGCACUGCCGCACCGGGGACCUGCUUGCUCACGGUGAGCAUGACACAGCUGCUGCACCAGAACGUGGCGCCUGGCAUCGCCCCUGCCCUGCAGAGGACCAAGGAGGGCUUGGAGGAGAUGCCCAUCUGCUUCCAGCCCCCGGGAUGCAGUGGCUGGGUCCUCCUGGAUGUGUCUCAGCCUUCACCCAGCGGUGGCUGCAGACAGAGGCUGCGGCACUGGACAGACCCCUGCCAGAAAGGGAGUGAGAAAUAAAGAGAUGGAAAUGACCCUGAUCAGGCUCUGCCCUGGCUGCGUGAAGGGGGAAUCUCCCUCUGCCCUGAGGUUUUGUGUUUCCCAGGGUGAGGUUUAGGAGCUUGAGACUGAGGCAGCCCCCGCCCAGGCUGGCUGCCCUUGCAGGUCCUGUACAAGUUUGGCAUCAGCUCAGCCCCAGUCCCACCCCAGCUGGAAGCAGCCAUGAAAAGCUCAGCUGUCCCAGCAGCCAAGGGGAAAAGGGCUGGAAAUGAGUCUGUACGGGAGGAGAGGUGGUGCCCAGCUCAGGGUUAGCCCCACUGUCCCCAGCCCCUGCAGUGGGAUUGGCUGGACCUCACCUUCCUUCCACUGCAGCUGGAGUUUAACCGGUCUCCUGAGCUGCCACCACUGGGACCCGCAGGGAUGUGGGGCUGAGGCUGCACCAGGAGCACUGUCCAGGAAGGGGGGACACAGCCAGGGAUGACAGACAAAAGGGACAGUGCCCUCCAAGGCAGGAGCAGCCAGGGGAGGUGAAGCCGUGGGAAUCAAGGGGCUACCUCCAGGAGGGCUCAGACCCCCAGCUCUUCGCUCCAUGGGGCUCCCAAGCCACAGGGCUGCUCUGUGUGGCUGCUGGCACCCAGCUCCUGGGGCAGGGAGGAGGCAAAGUCCCUGCAAAGGGCUGUCAGGGAGCAGACGGGGGGAUGCUCCUGGGCACGGAGAAGCUGUCUGUGCCAUUGCCAUAUGCUGGUGAUUUCCACUGCAGGAAGAGCUGUCAGGGAGCCCAGGGUCUGCAGCAGCUCGUGAUGGGGUGGACGAGGUGACCAAAGCCAGCCGGGUUCAGCACAUGCCCUGGUCCCCCUCGCCACAACCUCCAGCCUGGCUUCAUUCUGCUGCCUCGUCCCUCCCUGCCUUGGGGCCAGGCAGGGGCAGGAGUGCCUAAGCAGGGGGUCACACUGCUCCAGGUAUCACCUCUCCCUGGGUGCUGAUGCUCUCGCCUUUCCUCUGCAGGGAGGGAGCACCCCAAUGUCUGCAAGAGGCCAGGGCAGAGGGGACCUUGCUCUGCUCCCCCACUGCAGCCUCUGGGCACCUCACAGCCAGCAGGGAGAUCCACCCAGAGCACCAGGCCCCCUUCCUGCCUGGAUCCCCAGCCUGUCUGAGCACACUGGGGGCUGCUCCCAGCACAGCAUUAAUUCCCUAUGGAGUUUUCCCUUCACCUCCCGUUCUCUGUUUGGAAACUCGUGGCUCCUUUGUGCACAGAGGAGUACACCCUGUAUUGCAGUGCCAGUCCUGAGCAGGAGAAAUGUGCUCCCUGCAGUCACCCCAUCAGCCCCAAAAUAGGUGGAUGGCUGCAGGGUGGCCCCAGGCUCCUGGAUCCUGGUGUUUGCCAUGGGUUGUUCUGGCUGGCUUUCGGCACAGCCACAGUUGUGGUGCUGGCUCUGCCUGUAGCCAUCUGCUCAUCACAGGGAAGAAAAGACAAACCAGUGCCAGCAUGAACCCCAGUGGGAUGCGGGGAGGGGUCCCCAAGGAGCAGUGGUGUGGGAUGGGGGGUGCUCACCCUCCUGGCAUCAUCAAGUCUUCCAGUAGUGACAGUCUGUGGUCCGCUCUGCGCUCGUUCUUACUGCAAGCUGGGACUGGUGAGCAGCAUCGUCUGCUCCAGCCAGCUCCCACUGCACUGUUACUUGAAUAAAGGAAGGAGUUUCCCCUUCUCUCCGUAAGUAUUCCAGUAGCAAACUGUAUUAAAAUGUGAAGACUGAAUUACAUGUAUUAAAAAGCAUUAUGCAAAUAAUAAAGAGCAUGUAAAUUAAUUUUCUAUCUAUGCAUGGGAUGCAUACUGUAUAUUUUAUUAAAGACCUAAGUGACCCGC